GAAGUGUUUUUUCUUUGUUUCUGUUUCUUGGGAAAUACAGACCCUACCUUGUGUCUGUGUUGAAUUGGUCGUAUAUUGUGAAAAUGAUGGAUAAAGUUCAAAGAGAUGAAGAGAAUAACACAAAGUUUCGCCGGAGUCCACCACACCAAGCUGAGCUAGAAGGUUUGCUGCCAAGGAACACCUAUGUGGAGGAUACAAUGCAGAACCGCGUGUAUUCACCGGUAAGGAAAGAGCCAUUAGGGCUGUACGCCGAAAGUCUCGUUCCCCUGACGGACUCCGCCAUUGACCGUGGCACCAUUUACUCCAAUUCUGAGGUGUUUGAUUCCUUGGAAAAACUUCGAGCCGAAAUCGAAGCUCUCCGUUCAUCUGUGUGUUCCCGAGUUCGGGACAAAGAGGACAGAGUUUACGAAACGAUUGACACGAAACAGCGUGGCCGAAAAAAGCCCGAUAACAACCCUCCGUCUAACCGCAUUGUUCAAAGCGCUAAGGACAGUGGAUUUCAUAGAUUACGUCUCAUCAUUGAUCCUAGUGUUGGUGGAUUAAGAAGAUGCGUGUGGCUGUUUCUAUUCGCAUGCGCACUAGCCGCCACGGGCUAUCAGAUUAGAGACCGAGUACUGAUUUACACGCGGUAUCCUAGCAACGUUAACAUAGAUGUGGAGUAUAUGGAUGCUCUUACUUUUCCUGCUGUCACCAUAUGCAAUGAAAAUAAAUACAGGUUAACAGAUACAGUUCUAAGCGGCUUUUAUAAUGUAACCAGUGCCUUAGGCCAUCGGAGAGGGGAGAACGUGACUGUGAUGAGCAGGGAUGUGGCCAAUACAAGCUUUACGGCCUUCCUCAAGGAGGUGGCGCACCAGAAACUAGAUCUCAUCAACACGUGUGUUUGGAAUAACGAGCCGUGUGGGCCUGAGAAUUUCACCGCGGUGUUCACGGAUCACGGCAUGUGUUAUAAAUUUAUGCCUAAUCUGGACAGAAGAUGGAUUACCAGAGCAGGUCCCAUGUCCGGGUUAUUUCUCAUCCUGAACGCUGAGCAGUACGAAUACAUGACCGAUUCCAAGUCUGCUGUAGGAAUAAAAUUCACCAUACACGACAAUGUGACAACGCCUUGGCUGAACGAGCAGGGGAUCAAUGCUGCGGUGGGAACGCACACCUCUGUGGGCCUUAAGAAAAUAGUGCAUGAGAACCUCCCGUUGCCCCACGGGCGAUGUGACGAGGGGGGCCGGGGCAACAGGUACUCCCGUGACAAGUGUCUCAGAGCCUGUGAACAGAGGAAGAUCAGCAGGGAUUGUGAGUGCCAGAUCACAGGGCCGGGCAAACCAUCAAAGUAG